AUGCCGAAUCCAUACUACACAUUCCCGCCCGAUGCUCCCCUGAACUCCUUUGUCUACUGUCACAAUCGGUCCGAUAAGUCACCACCGCGACGACCUCGUCUCUCCACAUGCCGACGUCGCGGCAUCACCCAUCCGCUCCCGGACUGGGUCGAAUCGCCCUUCUCCGACCCGUGGGCAUACACAGACCCGCAAUCUAGCUGUACACUAUAUACGGUCUUCCCUCCUGAAAUCCGAUUUUUGAUAUUCGAAGCUCUGUUGUGCAAUCGAGUGCUGCAUAUGAAUCUUCUUAAUUACCGCGGAUACAAAGUUCUCAAAGCCUGUCGGCAGACAGGUGUGAGGUGGGAACGGAAGUUCUGGGAUACAGUUCUCAGCGGAUAUUCGGAAUGCAUUCCCCUUCUAUACACCCGAAACACAUUCAAUUUCGGCAGAGACGUCGACGCCUCUUUCUUUACAUCUAGACCCUUACACAAGCGCUUCCAAUCUGUCUCGUGCAUCGAGGUAAAUAUACCAAACUGUUAUCCACAUUAUUCCAGCGACAGCGUGACACGAGAGGCAUAUCAAAAGCUCCUAGCACCGUUCGUCUGCCUGCCCCCAAUGAAAAUUCUCCGGCUCCGCGUGAAAGAUCUCCCGCGCAAAUCAGUCGAUGUCGAGGAGGGCUUGAGCCGGGAGGAAGCCUGGCUGGCGCCCGUGGACAAGCUGGUGAGGCAGAUGGCUUCGACGCUGGAGGAGUUGGAAUUCGUAAUUCCGGCGUGGGGCUUUGAGUUGCUGUGCUGUGGCGAGAAAUCUAACGUUCUUGACGGGGCUGGCGACGGCGAGGGUUGCGAAGAGGAAGUCUUCUGCAAUGAGCGGCGGGGCGGGAAGCGCUGUCGGAGACGACUUGAGGGCCUGAGGCCUGGAGUGCAUUAUUGGAUUUCGUGCCCCGCCGCACCAGACCCGAGCCCCUGA